CUCCAACCCCCUCUGAGUGAGAACGCUCAUGGGACAACCCUAGGCCGACGACUCUGUUGUCGACCCAACAACAGUUCAAAAGCGAUUCGGCAGUAAACAUGGCGCUCGAUUUUGCAGCCACCUACAAAGUCCUCGUGUUGGGCGAUUCGAACGUCGGCAAGACUUGCAUCGUUCAUCGUUAUUGUGACGAGAGAUACUACGAUACUUAUAUAUCGACGAUAGGUAUCGAUUUCAAACAGAAGAUUAUCAACUUGGAUGGUACACCAAUUAAAUUACAAAUUUGGGAUACCGCCGGACAGGAACGGUUUAGAACUCUAACAACGGCAUAUUACCGCGGUGCUAUGGGUAUUUUGCUAAUGUACGAUGUCACCAGUUUGGAUAGUUUCAAUCAUCUAUCUUACUGGCUUCGAAAUAUUCAAGAAAAUGCCUCACCGGAUGUAGUAAAGGUAUUGGCGGCCAAUAAAUGUGACGCAACUGCACAUAGAGCCGUAGAUGCCGAGAGAGGUCAGAAAAUAGCAGAAAAUUUCGAUAUGCCCUUUUUCGAGGUAUCCUGUAAGGAGAAUAUAAAUAUCGAGGAAGCAUUUUUAACCUUAGCCAGGAGAAUACGAGAACAACGAGGACGUCGAGCUAGUCUGUUUGAAGCUUCGGAAAGGGAAGGUGCCGACAGUGUGAUCAAAGCUCAAUCACCGUCUCAACAGGGUGACGCUUGGAGAUGCACCUGUUAAUCAUAUCUUGCAGAAAUUAAAGAAUGAAAAGGAAAAAAUAAAAAAGGAAUGGAGGAAUUCGCUCAUUGGUCACCGAAAUUUCAAGCUGGAAGCAAAGGAAGUAUUUGUUCUUGGACAUCUGUUUUAUUCGCUUCUACCUAUGGGAAUAAAUGCGUAGUUACGUUACUCUUAUGAUCCUUAUAUAUAUAUAUAGACAUACAUACAUAUAUAUAUACAUAUACACAUAUAUAUAUAUAUGAAAGAGUUGGAAGAAUAAGGACUUAUAGGAGUAAACGUGUAUGUAAAAAAGAAAAUAAGAAAAAGAACGAGCGAGAGAGAAAGAGAGAGAAAGAGAGAGAACGAGCGAGAGAGAAAGAGAGAGAGAGAGAGAGAGAGAGAGAGAGCGAGAGAGAGUGAAAGCAGAUAAGAAUAAUGGCUAACGAAUUCAAAUCGUUGCUACUAUUAUCUUAAAAAAAGAAAAAAAAAUUCUGCACAUAUACCAUAUACACUUACACGUACACCACAGAUAAAUACACGUAUAACGUACGACGAAUCGUAUAAAGUGGCUAAGCAAAACAAAAAGGAAAAAAAAACAUAAGAUGUGUGUAACUUUGAAGUUACCGCUCGCGUAUGUAAUAAUAAUAAUAAUAUAAUAAUAAUAAUAAUAAUAAUAAUCGUUCGAAUGAUACGAACGUUCACAUUUUAAUCUAAAUCGUGCUGUUACUUUGGCGAAUUGCUUAGGAUCGUCGCCAACUCAAAUUUCCUUAUUAAACAUCGAAGCUAUAUGCUAAAACUUAUCGCGAAGACUAUUUAAAUUAUGAUAUUAAUAUAGAAAGAAAUAUCUACUUAUAAAUCUAAAAAGAGAAACAAAGAGGUAAAAAACGAAAAAGAAGAGACAGAUAGAAAGUAUGAUACUUUCUUCGAGGAAUCGUACGAUUGGACAGUGCUGAAUAUCGAAAGAGUUUAGAGAUCGUUUAUGCUCGUGAUUCAGAGCCUUUAUUGAUCCAGAAAAUCGAUCAAAAUCUUAGAGAAGAAGGAUUAAGGAGCCUGCAUUUAUAUUUGUAAUAUGCAACAAGUAGUGGAAAAGUAAUUAUAUCAAUUCGAUGCUUUAAUUUCGCGCCAAAUUUAAAAAAUGUAUAGUGCAUACUAAUUAUUAACUUUCAAUAGAUAAUAAUUAAGAAAAUGUGUAGAUACUCUUUAUAUUUAAUUAUUUUUCUCACAAAUGAAAUCUAAUUAAAAAUGUUUAAGAGGAGAAAGAAGAAAAAAAAAGAAAGAAAUAAGGAUUAACAAUAUAAAAUUAUUAAUUUUAAAAUGGCAGAGAUAUAUAAGAAAAAAAAUUUCUAUGGCAAAAGAUUCCUCCUCCUUGGUCUUUCUUACUCUAAAGAUAAAAUUAAUUGUGAUAGUUGUGUCGAUAUUGUCAAUCGGCACACAAAGUAAGGAAAAUUGAUUUUGAAAUAGAAAUAAAAAAUCAUGAAGGCUGAUCGGCUUCAUCGAAUUUUGAUUAGGCGUUUACAUUUUAUUAUUAGCUACGAUUAUAAUCUUGUAAGAUCUUACGUCGCGAUUUGUCAAAUUUCCAAAUCAAUUUCUUACAGUACAUAAAUACAUAUAUACAUACAUACGUAUACAAAUACAUACAUACAUACGCACAUAGAUACAUACAUAUAUACAUACAUACGUAUAUAAAUACAUACAUAUAUACGCACAUAGAUACAUAUAUACAUACAUACAUAGAUUUGAUGAUAUUUCGAAAAAGAGAAUUUUUAACAUCUUCGUAAGAAUUACAUUUGUAUUGCUCUAUAUUUGCCAUCGUAAGCUUUUUCAUACUACUUUCGAUAUAUCGCGCAUUUUAUGAGAUACGAAAAAGUAAAUAAAUAAAUAAACGACUAGCAAAAUAUCUCUUUUGCUCUGCCGAAUUUACAUGCAUACGUACAUACAUACACCUCGCACAAGACGCACUGAUGUAUUAAUACUACUACUAUUACUAUUACUACUACUAUUAUAUUACAAAGAGAAAGAAAGAGAAAGAGAGAGAGAGAGAGAGAUAAUAUUUUCUUUCUAACAUUACGAGACGAAAAAUGAAUGACAGAAAAAAAAACAAACGAAAAAGUAAUCUGAUCUGUUUGCCAAUUUACAAAUUAUUUUUGAGGCAUGUGACAAUUUUGAAAACUAUAUAUAUGUACUCAAUAGCAUUUGUCAAAAAAACUUUGUUACAAUAGUUACGUACGUACGUAUUUUUUUACGUACGUGUACGUAAAAAAGAAAAAAGAAAAAAAAAGAAAGUAAAAAAGAUUACAAAACGAGUUCAAAAUUUGUUGCAAAAUUUUAAAAAGUUAAUACUGAGUUAUAAAGGAAUUAACGUUACAAAGUAUGAAUUAAAAUGAGUUCGACAUGUUUGAAUAAUAAAAAUAAUGAAAGAAAGAAGAAAGAAUGAAAGACCAGAAAUUAUUGGCAAAAUUUGAGAUUUUCUCGAAGGGCCUAAAAUGUAUAUAGAGAUACGAAAAUAUCACGUAAUUUCGUCGUCGAUAAUAUCGCCCAAAAAAUAUUUUUGUCGCUUGGUGCACUUCUAACUCUAUGAUAUUUAUAUACGUACAAUGUGAGAGAAUACUUUUGUUAAAGCGUAUUAUGAUUAUUAGUCAACAAGAAAAAAGAAGAAAAAAAAAUAUAAAAAAAAAAAAGAAGAGAGAAGAAGAACACUUAUGUGUAGAUGUGUCGACUGUGAAGAUAAUGAAACGAAUACAAUGAUGAUCGAUUGUCACUACGGAACAAUUUCUUUAUUUGUCGUACAUGAAUUCGCAUGAUUGUUCCAAUCAUCCCAAGUAAUAGCUUCUUGAAAGCGAAGAGUCAAUUGAAAAUUAAAACGAUUCGAUUCACGAAUUUAAAGAGAAUGAAUGUUAUGAUGUAGUCAUUUUUAGAUGAUAUCUUAGAACGAUGAUGUUCUCUCGCAUGAGCGUAACUCGUGCAUUCUCUAUAUACAUACAUAUACAUACGUAUGCUAAUUCUUCCAUUUAAAUUAAUAUCCUUGAAUAUCUGCCCUUUAAAAAUCAUUUUAUUUUUAUUUCCAUUUUUCAUAUUAUAGUUAUUUAUUAUAUUAUCCACAAUUUCGUAGAUAUUCGAGGGAAUAAUGAUUUAAAUGACACACUCUAUGUAUACAUAUGUAUACAGACACACACAUACAUAUACAUACACACAUACAUGAAUACGUAUAAAUAUAUAUAUAUAUAUAUAUAUAUAUAUAUAUAUAUAUCGUAUAUAUAUGUAUAUAUUUAUACGUAUGAUCAUUUCGUCACAAUUCUUGAUAUUCAUGAAAAUUGAAGCUUCCGCUUUUGGUAUGCGCGGAAUGAUAAGUAUAUGGACAGAUAAAAUGGCGUUGAUAUAAGGAUAUCGGAAGGAUUUAUUAUAGUUAGAAACUUAGCGUAUCACAAUUUUUAUUCGAGAGAAAGAGAGAGAAAAAGAGAGAGAGAGAGAGAGAGAGGGAGAGAGAGAGAAAGAAAAGAAAGAGAAAAUGUAUGUUUUGAUACGCUGCCAACGGCGUCCAAUUACGUGCCACUAUCUACGUGCGAUAUUUGAUUUAAGCGCUUUGAUAAUCAUUAAAAGAAAAAAAGAUAAAAAAAAAAGAAAAAGAAAUAUGAAGAAGAUAAAAA